AUGACACAGAGACCUCAGCGCAGAAGACGUCGCAAGGUCCUGUCCGACGUGCGCUCAUGCGGGAAUAGUUUCUUUCAGGGAGAUCUUGUGGCAGCUGACCUCCUCUCCGGCCUGUAUUCAUCGCUCAAGGGCUCCGUCCUCGAGCUGUCUGAAUCUCUUCGAUGUGUCAUUGACAAUCCGAAGGAGGAGACAGUAGCUCAGCAUGCGCAAGCUGAACCCGUUCGUGUGGUGAGGCCGAUACUUCCCAGAGAAGUUCCUCGAGGCCUCGCAUUCUGCUUUCCCCAGGGUUUGCCGACUCGCCUAGUCGCCGAGCUCGAGACCCAAAUCCACUUGGCAACAUCGCCACACGUGUUCUUCCCAUCGCUCUUCAACUUCGCUUCUGGCUUUGACGGUGGCGUGACUUCGUUUGCAGUCCUGCAACUUACAGAUCCAACGCUGGUAGGGGGCCUCUUGAUGCCAUUGUCUGCAUGGGACAUCGGUGCAGUGGUGAGCUCACGAGUCUGCGGAGCCCUCUGUGGCUCUAUGCUUCUGCUUUGCACUUCGAAGGAGCCUUCUUCACGAGACAUUCUUGUCUGGACUGCCCUGGGUCUCACGGCGAUCUCGCUCGGAACCUUCUUCGUCGCUGAUCGAAAUACGCUGCUGGCACUGCGCUUCCUGUCUGGGCUUACGGAAGGGCUGUCGUCUCCGGCGAAGGCGGCGUAUGUCGUGGAGACGGUCGAGGCAGAGCUUCGUGGGCCUUCGAACGGAAGCCGCUGGGCGGCCUUCGCACUCGGCUCCUGCGCGGGUGUAGCUGCUGGUGCAGUGUUGCAGCCCAUCCCAGGAGCAUGGCAGCUAAUGUUUGGUGCUGUGGCAGUUCCUUCCGUCAUCGCAGGGAUCGGCAUGGCAUCGCUUCCACACUCUCCACGAUGGCUGGUGCAUGGUUCCGAUGCUGCAAGCGCAGAGCGUCGGUCACUGGCCUUGGAAUCCCUGCAGACGUUGCGACCCAGUAUCGAUCUCCAUGAAAGACAGCUGGAGCUGCAGAAGGAGCUUGAUGUUAUCUGUCAAGGAAUGAGGGGAGACAAAGAGGAACCUGUACCCUUAAAUGUGCGCGAGCUCUUUCAGCAUCCUGCGACCGAGAUCAGUGCUCUCCUGACAUGUUUCAAGCAGGCAAAUGGGACUGUUUGUUUGACAACUUAUUUGGCACCUGUGAUGGCGGCCAUGGGGUUCCAGAAUCAUCUCACCACGCUGGGUGUGGUACUGAUGACAGUGCGAUCAGUUGCAACUCCGAUGGGUAUUGUCUUGAUGGACCGCCUUGGCCGCAGAGGCAGCCUGCUCCUGGGAUGCCUGGGGUCUUCAGUCUCCAUGUCAACACUGCUCCUCUCUCACAUCUUAGGCAGCCAUGCGUCAGCAGGCCUCAUGACCCUGUCCUUCACCUCCUUAGCGGCCUCUGCGGCAAUCUUUGAGCUUUGUUGGGCACCAACAUCUUUCCAACUCACCACUGAGCUUUACCCGCAGCGACUGCGGCAGCAUGGCCUGGCACUUUCCCACGUCUUCAACUACGCCGUCAAGGCAGUGGAGAUGCAGGUGUUCCCCAUGGCCCUAGCCAUUGCUGGCCUCACGCCGGUCUUCGCGGUCUUUGUUGUCAUAAACGCUGCUGGGUCUCUGGUCGUGUACCAUGUGGUGCCAGAAACCUGCGGUCGCAGCUUGGAGGAGGUGGAGAGAGAACUUCUGGAAGACAGCGACGAACACUUAUCAUGA